ACAAAACAUCACGCCCCUCUCUCUCCCUUCUCCCAUCUCUAUUAAUUCCAAAUUUCCAAUACCAACAACAUCUCUCCACUCCACCAAAACCCUCUCUCUCUCUCUGAAAAAAAUUCAAUAAAGCCAGCGCAGGAAAGAUCAGCACAUUAGUUCUCUCAGGAUUACAUAUUAGAGUAAGUUGCAAUUCAUUCAGUCAUGGCAGAAGAGACACUUAUAAGUGAGGAAGUACCAGUGACAAAGCUGGCUGAGGAAGUUGAGAGCAAUGGGGUUCCUGUUAAGAUAAUAGAAGAGAACACUGUUGACAAAACGGAGGAAGGGAAGAAAGAAGAGGAAGAAACGGCCCUUGAAGGUGAAUUCAUAAAGGUAGAGAAAGAGUCAGUUGAUGCGAAGGAUCGUUCUCACACUGCUGAGGUAAAUUCAGUAGCAGAAGAAAAACCAUCCGUCGCUGAGCAUACAGCUAGCAAUCCAGAAGUAACCCGGGAGUUGCUGGAAUCACAGGAAAAAGUUAAAGAGCUUGAAAAUGAACUGCAGAGGAUUUCUGGUGUGUUAAAGGAAGCUGAAUCAGAGAACACGCAGCUGCAAGAUGAACUCUUGCUCACGAAAGAGAAGCAUCUUGAAAGUAUGAAGAAACAAGAUGAGCUUGAACUUAGCAACAAAAAGCUGCUCGAACAGAUUUCAGAAGCAGAGGAGAGAUAUAACGAACAAAUCAAAACUUUGCAAGAGGCACUGCAAGCUCAAGAAGAGAAGCACAAGGAUUUGGUAAAUGUGAAGGAAGCAUUUGACAGUCUUGGCCUUGAGCUAGAGACAUCAAGAAAGAGGAUGGAAGAGCUUGAACUCGAGUUGCAAAAUUCUAUUGGAGAAGCGCAAAAGUUUGAGGAAUUGCAUAAUCAGAGUGGUUUGCAUGCUGAGUCGGAGAUGAAGAGAGCCGUGGAAUUUGAGAGGUUGCUUGAGGAGGCAAAAUCUACUGCCAAAGAAACGGAAGAUCAGAUGGCUUCUUUACAAGACGAGCUGAAAAGCUUGUACGAAAAGAUUGCUGAAAAUCAGAAAGUAGAAGAGGCACUGACAAGCACAACUACUGAGCUUGCUACUGCUCGGGGAGAAUUGGAGCUUUCAAAAUCACAGGUGCAAGAAAUAGAGCUGACGCUAGCUUCAAAAGAAGCUCUUAUCAGUGAACUGUCUCAAGACUUGGAACUCUCAAGGGCUGCACAAUCUCAGGCUAAAGACGAUAUUGCAUCACUUGAGAAUUUGCUGAAAGCAACCCAAGAAAGCCUUCAUGAGAAAGCAUCCCAGCUUGAAGAUUUAACAUUGAAGCUUAGGGAGGAGGUCAAUGCAAAGGAAGAGGUCAAAGAAAUCUUGAUGAACCAGGAAACAAAGAUGAAAAUCGUGCAGGAAGAUCUAGAAAAAUUAACUAAAGAAAAACAAUUGCUGGAAGAUGCUGUCUCUGAUCUAACCAAUAACUCUGUCCAAAUGAAGGAGUUGUGUAAUGACCUUGAGGCUAAGUUGCAGCAAUCGGAUGAGAAUUUCUGCAAAGCUGAUUCUCUUUUAUCUGAAGCAGUGGCGAACAGCAAAGAACUGGAACAGAAACUGAAAGCCCUUGAAGAGCUUCACACUGAAUCAGGACAUGCUGUCAGCACGGCCAACCAGAAAAACGUAGAGCUUGAGGGCAUGCUACAAGCCCUGAAUGCGGCAGCAGAAGAAGAAAAAUUGCAGCUGAGAGAAUCUGAAACCCGCUGUAUUGUGGCUGAACAGCGGACUCUUGAGCUAGAGCAACUACUGAAUUUGGAAGAACUAAAAAGCCAUGAUUAUCAGAGGGAACUGCAAGAGUUGUCUGAAAAAUUGUCUGAGCUGAAUGCUGAACUCAAGAAGGAGGUGGAAGAGAAGCAACAGUUAGACAAUCAGUUACAAGAAAUCCAGGCUAAAGUAGCUGAAAAGGACUCUGAGCUGGGAAAGUUGACAGCUCAUAAUUCUGAGCUUGAGAUAGAAUUAAAGAAUGCGAUAGACAGAUGUACUGAUCAUGAGGGUCGAGCCAAUACGAUUCAUCAGCGCAGCCUUGAACUUGAGAGUUUAAUUCAGACAUCAGAUUUGAAAGCAGUGGAUGCUGGCAAAAAGGUGAGUGAAUUAGAGCUACUUCUUGAAACAGAAAGGUAUAGGAUUAAGGAGCUUGAAGAUCAAAUAAGCAUGCUAGAAAAGAAAUGUGAGCAUGUGGAAGCAGAAUCCUUGAAAAACAGCAAAAAGGUUUCUGAACUUGAAACUGAGCUUGAGGUGGUCCAGUUAAAAGCAUCGAGCCUGGAGGUUGCGCUGCAAGCCUCGACGGAAAAGGAAAAAGAGUUGUCUGAUAGCUUGAAUUUAGCAACAGAAGAGAACAGAAACUUAAAAGAUUUGUCAAAAACCUCAAAUGAAAAGCUAUCUGAGGCAGAAAAUCUACUCAACAUCUUGCGGGACGAACUGAAUAUUUCACAACAGAGGUUAGAGAGCAUUGAAAAUGACCUUAAGGAUACUGGGAUGAGGGAAAGUGAAGUUAUGGAUAAGCUUAAGUUAGCUGAGGAACAGCUCGAGCAGCAAAGUCAAGUCUUGGAGAAAGUGACUGCAAGAAGUGCAGAACUUGAAUCAUCAUACGACACUCUAACAAGAGACUCGGACCUGAAACUUCAGGAGGCGAUUGCGAAUUUCACCAACAGAGAUUCUGAUGCAAAAGUUUUGCAUGAGAAAGUAGAAGCUCUAGAACUUCAAGUCAAAGCUUAUCAAGUGCAGCUAGCAGAAGCAACUGAAAGAUAUGAAACUGCAAACAAAGAGCUUGAUCAGAUUUUGGAGAAGCUGGCUUCUUCCGAGAGCAUCAAUGAUGACCUUAAAAGUAAGAUCUUGGAAGUAGAAGGUAAAGCUGACGCGUACCUCUCUGAGAAUGAGCUUCUAUCGGAACAUAAUGCACGGCUCAAUGACAAGGUUAAAGAUCUUGAAGAAAAGCUUACUACUACAGGUUCCGAGAUGGAAACUUCUGCAAAGCAGCUUGCUUCUCACAUGAACACCAUCACUGAAUUAACAGAGCGCCACUCUAGAGUCUCGGAGCUUCAUUUGGCAGCUGAAGCCCGUGUUUCAGAAGCAGAAGCAAAGCUGGAAGAAGCUUUACAGAAAUAUAAUCUAAGGGAUUUAGAGGCGAGGGACUUAAAUGAUAAGCUAAAAGCUAUUGACGCACAGGUGAAAACUUAUGAAGAGCAGGCUCAGGAAUCAUCAGCAAUUUUGAAAACUCGAGAAUUAGAAUUGGAACAAAUCCUGUUAAAAUCAAGGGAUUUGAUGGAUGAAUUGGAGAGAAACUCUGGUCAGUCUAAAAAGGAAAUUGACACAUUAGUUGGAGAAAACUCGCAGCUUACUCAAGAUCUGGCUUCAUGUAAAUCUCAGCUAAACGAAUUACAGACGAAAUUGUCCAGCAUUUCAUCAGAGAAAGACGACACAGUUGAAGCACUAAAUACUGCCAGAAAAGAAAUUGAAGAGCUGAAACAGCAGCUCGUUUCAGAAGGCCAGAAGCUGCAAUCUCAGAUAUCUUCUGUUAUGGAAGAAAACAAUUUGCUUAACGAGACAUUUCAGAGUUCCAAGAAGGAUCUCCAAACAAUAAUAGAAAAUCUUGAAGAGCAGUUGAAAGAACAAAAAUCAAAUGAAGAUGCUCUGAAAGCUAAAUUGGAAAUCCUCCACGCUGAAGUUGGCCAGAAAGAUGAGUUGCAAAAUCAUCUGAAGGAGCUCGAGAAACAGUUAGCAACUGCAGAAGCUCAACUUAAGGAAGAGAAAGAGUUGAGUAUCCAAAAGGAUCUGGAACGAGAAGCUGCUUUGAAGCAUUCGUUCGAAGAACUUGAUGCUAAGAAAAAAGAAGUCCUUGUUUUAGAAAACCAAGUGAAAGAUCUUGAACAGAGAUUGCAGUUGGCUGAUGCUAAAUCGAAAGAAAAGGAUACUGAAGGCGCUGCCCCCGAACACAAGGAUGAAACGAUAAAGUCACGGGAAAUUGAGUCUUUCUCAUCUACUCCUUCCAAAAGAAAGAGUAAGAAAAAGUCGGAAUCAGCUUCCGCUCCAGCAUUGGCCUCAGAUACACAGAGGCAUACUACUGAGGCAUCUCCAGCCAUGAACCUUAAGUUCAUUCUAGGAGUGGCAAUCGUUUCAGUUAUUGUCGGCAUUAUUCUUGGCAAAAGGUACUAGAUUGAUUGUUGAGGUUUGGAUCUGUGCUUCCAGAUUGAGUUCACUUUUUCUUUUUUUUGAUUCAUUUCCGCCCGUUAAUUAGUUUGUUAUUUGUAGAAAGCGCAACGCAAGUUCUAUUUGUAUCAUGUUUUUGUUUGGGUUUUUGAUCUUGGUCAGGAAGUUGGUUUUAUUUUUGAAUCCUGACCUGUAGUUAUAGGAGGGAAGAAAAAACAAGAAAAACGUUAUUAUUCUUGGCUGUAACCAAGUUUGUAUUUAGCUAUUUAUUGUUUUAAGA